GCUUGCUAGCUGGCAGUGGAGGCUACUGCUCUGUUCUGAUCUCUCUGCUCUGAUGGGGUUUACCACCCACAGAGUCAGGGCUUGGGGUCCUGAGGGCACUGAGUGCUUCUGUCGCUGAUCCCUGACCCCAUCUAUUCCUCCCUCCCACUGGGCAUUGCUCUAUCAUACCAAACCCUUACAACUUACCAACGUAGCUGUGGCUGCUAACGCAUGCUAUCCGACGGCUAAGGAUCGAACCUCAACGAGAAGGCUAACUGGACAGCUCAUGGAUUGCUAACAGAUUGCUAAUUGGAAGCUAACCAGAACUAAACCAGAAGCUACACAGACUUCUAAUCAGGCUCUAACUGGACUGCUAAAGGAUCAGUAACCAGCUUUCAGCCGACUGACCUGGCCAGGGGACAAGAGGCUAAUAUGACAGCUGUUGUAGCAUUAUCUAUCCUCCUCUCCCUCCUCCUCCCUCUAUCUCUCUCCUGUCCUAAGGGUUGUGUCUGUGACGGCCGGACGAAAGUCGUCGACUGCCGAGGGCGGGGCUUAUAUGACAUCCCUCGCCAUCUCCAACCCGACACUCUAGAACUCCAUCUCCAAGACAACCGUAUCCGAGGGCUGGGUUCCAUGGCAUUCCGAGACACGCCCCUGCUGCGUGUUUUGGACCUAUCCAAUAACUCCAUCACGUCUGUGUCUCCCUCUACACUACUCGGUCUGAGAGGGCUACAACGUCUCAGUCUGGCCAGUAACGCCCUGAGAGAACUGGACAGAAGACUGCUAGGGCCAAUACGAUCUCUAUCACACCUAGAUCUGUCCCACAACAGUCUGACAGGUCUGCCUGGUGCUAUGGGGGAGAGCCUGAGGAACCUGUCCCAGCUAGGGCUAGCCCACAACAGGCUGCAGCGGCUGGACAAGUCCCUACUGGAGAACCUGGAGGGCCUGGGUCAUCUAAGCCUGAAAGGGAACCCCUGGAGGUGUGACUGCCAGGUCAUAGGCCUCAAACUGUGGCUGGAGACCUUCCUCUUCAGAGGUGGAGUGGUGGAUGAGGUCUCCUGCUCCAAACCAGAGGAGAUGAAGGACAAAGAUCUCCAGAAUGUUCCCUACCAGCUCUUCCAUUCCUGCAUGACCACCAGCUACAACUACCUGUUCUCCAACAUACACCACCUGGAGUCUGACAGGUCCAACAGGGGUCACACCCACGGCAACACACACGGCAAUGGCAACCCGCACGGCCCCCUGGGAAUGGGGGAGGGGUAUGGAGGAGGGGGAAGUGGUCUCCCUGAGUGCGAGCCCAAGCAGAGACCUCGCCCGGUGAACCUGCGUCAUGCCAUCGCCACGGUGAUCGUGACUGGUGUGGUGUGUGGCAUCGUGUUGAUGAUGAUGCUGGCUGCAGCAGUGUAUGGCUGUGCCUACGCCGCCCUCAUGGCCAAGUACCAGCGGGAGCUGAAGAAGAGUGAGGAGACGAGUAAGGGUGAUCACGGCAGCGCGGACGAGAAGGAACCACUGGAGAACGCUAUCGCCUAGACGAUGGGAUUGAGUGAACUGUGAACUUUAACCCACAAACUUUGAAUCUGUAACUUUGAACCCUGUACCUGAAACUACUGUCAUAGGUGUGUGUGUGUGUGUGUGUGUGUGUGUGUGUGUGUGUGUGUGUGUGUGUGUGUGUGUGUGUGUGUGUGUGUGUGUGUGUGUGUGUGUGUGUGUGUGUGUGUGUGUGUGUGUGUGUGUGUGUGUGUGUG